UGGCCUGUUGUUGUCGCGUAAACCUGUUGCAGCAGCCGUACCGAAAUUCCCAACUGCAGUAAAUCUGCAAGUAAUGAAGCUGUAUGAAUUAAGUUUUGGUUGUGGGAAGCAGCUCACUGUUGCUAUGCAAUUGAUUCAAAAAUGUCCCAACCUAUGUGAAUUGGGGAUUAAUGCAAAAAAGUCAAGUUGGAGGGAUGACAAAGCUUCAAGACUAAGAGUUUUGGAGGAUCCAGAUGGUUGCUUUAAUAUUCAGGAUUUGAAGAAGCUUAACACAAUCAAGUUUGAAUGUCGUAGUGGAUUCACACUCGAAAUGCUAUUUUUGAAAGCACUGCUCUCAAAAUCCCCUCAACUUGAGAAUGUAUUUAUUCAGAAGGGUUGUACUAUGGAAUCUGAUAUCUCAAGGGAGUUGUUGUGCUUCCCGCAUGCAUCUCCAAAAGCACAAUUCGUCUUCAAGAAGGCCUGGUAGCCACAUACCCUGAUUGGUCACCCUGAUCUUUACGAAUUUAGUAUGGCGGCGGAUUGGUAUGUAGCUCCAUGGGUUAGGAUGCAAUAUAUAGAAAUGUAAUCAAUGGCUGUGGUGAAAGUUGAAACUAAACUUUUUGUAAGACAUGGAUGGUAUCCUAAGCUACUGUUCAGUAAGUAUUA